UUUCAUUUUGUUGUCUUUUGUGCAGCAGAAGAGUGGAGCCCGAUCGAGCAGCAGCGUCUCUUCCCUCUUCCCCGAAUCCUUUUAAAACUCCCUCCCGAACCUCUCCCCUUCUACCCUUAACACCCUACCCUCCCCCUGAACACAUCUCACGGGACUGUUCAGACGUGAUACUUGUGACCAAAGACACAAUUUCCUGGCCUGUCUGAAAAUCCGACCCUACAUCAGCUAUGGACACCGGUGUUGUGGAAGGAGGACUCAAUGUCACUUUAACUAUUAGGCUACUUAUGCAUGGGAAGGAGGUUGGGAGCAUUAUUGGCAAGAAAGGAGAGUCUGUGAAGAAGAUGAGAGAGGAGAGUGGUGCUCGCAUCAACAUCUCAGAGGGGAACUGCCCAGAAAGGAUCAUCACCCUGGCCGGUCCCACCACCGCCAUCUUUAAAGCCUUCUCCAUGAUCAUCGAGAAGCUAGAGGAGGACAUCAGCAGCUCAAUGACCAACAGCACGGCCACCAGCAAACCUCCAGUCACUCUGCGUAUUGUCGUGCCGGCCAGCCAGUGUGGCUCACUCAUAGGCAAGGGAGGCUGCAAGAUCAAGGAGAUCCGAGAGUCGACAGGAGCUCAGGUACAGGUGGCUGGGGACAUGCUGCCCAACUCCACGGAGCGUGCCAUAACUAUUGCAGGGACCCCCCAGUCCAUCAUCGAGUGUGUCAAGCAGAUCUGCGUGGUCAUGCUCGAGGUAUCUCCACCUAAAGGUGUGACCAUCCCCUACAGGCCCAAACCCUCAGGCUCUCCAGUCAUCUUUGCAGGUGGUCAGGCCUACGCUGUCCAAGGACAGCACGCCAUUCCACAGCCUGACGUAAGUGAAGGUCAUUCCCUCACCAAGCUCCACCAGCUGGCCAUGCAGCAGAGCCCGUUCCCCAUCGCUCCCAGCAACCAGGGUUUUCAAGCUGGGUUGGAUGCUUCUGCACAGACUGGUUCCCACGAGCUGACCAUUCCCAACGAUCUGAUUGGCUGCAUCAUUGGCCGUCAGGGGGCUAAGAUCAAUGAGAUCCGUCAGAUGUCUGGGGCUCAGAUCAAGAUCGCCAACCCAGUGGAGGGCUCCUCUGACAGGCAGGUGACCAUCACUGGCUCCCCUGCCAGUAUCAGCCUGGCUGAGUACCUGAUCAAUGCCAGGCUGUCUUCUGAAGCUACUGGACUGGCAGCCAACUGACAUGGAAGGUCUUCAUCACCACCUGAUGUAACCCCCAACUUUUUACCGAGAGGUCCCUUACUGAAGUUAAUGCAAAAACCAAGUAUUCUCAACUUACUGUUUUCUUUCUUUUGGUUAAACACCUACCUACUACUCAGCUGUAAUUAAUCGAUGUAUUGGUAUUUUAUUUAUUUAUUAUGUCUAAAUUCCCGUUGCUUUUUUUUUUCUAAGAUAUUUUCUUUUAGGUGUAUUUCUGUUUUGACCUUAGUAGCUGGGGAAAAGUUUUGGAAAAAUCUGAAAAGGCAUAUUUUUAUGUCAGAUUUUUCUUACAAAAUGUUAAAAAUGAAGAAAAAAAAAAGACAUUCUAGAUGGACUGUUCCUUCCCUGCAUUUUGAUGAAUUUCUAUCUGUAUUUAUUUUUUAUUUAAUACACAUCGGUCCUCAUGUUUGUUAGAAUUCACUGAUAUUUGCAAUUCUUUAAAGCUGAACUUCUUGAAUGGGGCAUUGUGGGUAAUGGGUAUAGGUGGGGUGUAAAUGAUGUACUCUUAAAAACAUAUGUAAUGUAAGACCGUAUGAAAUUAAUUGAAACUUCUCUCUGAAGUGGGUCUACGUGUAGUGCUUUUAACUGAAUUUUUGUCACAUCUUUUAUUUGCUGUAUAAUUAUUUUGUCAUUCCUGUUUCCAUCCGUUUGAAUUUUUCUCCAUCAGAACAUCGGAGUGUUGUUCUGUACUGGAUUCUGAUAGGGUGGGUGGGGCAUGGUAACCCGGUGACAUCGGGCCAGAGGGAUGAAUUUCUUUUCUCUGACAUGACUAAGAAGAUAAUAAUGAUAACGUUGGAAUAUUUGUUUUAAAUAGAGAAAAUAUUUUUUUUAACUGCCGGGGCGGGGCAAAACUACAAAUGGGCUAAACUACAAAAAAUGUACUUGUGGGUCUUUAUAUGAUGACUUGAGGUAUUCAUUUAAUAUAACUAGAAGGAAGAUUAUAGAAUUAACACUAGUUUCCUUUGCCUGGUUCAGAUUUUAUUUUUUAUUCUUUGCAGGAUGAAGAAACUCAUGUUUUUGUGCACGUUUUCGAACUAUUGUAGAUCUGGGUGAAAAUGAAUCGUUGAACUUAAAUACAGAAAUAAAAGACGUGAAAUGCUAAAAUUAA